UUCAAAAUGUCCAAGUUUAAUAAAUAAAGUUUAAUACUAUUUCAAGAACAAAAAAUUGUCUUCAAUAAUAAUUAGAUUUGGCUAUAACAAACUCUUGGCUAUCCAGAAUCAAUAACUUAUAUAAAAAUGAUUAGCACUGAACAUUGUACUAUUUGCUUAGGUGAAAAAAUAUUCCCAACACAUUUGGCGUGCGGUCAUAGCUAUUGCCGUCAAUGUCUACAAGAAUACAAGAAUUAUGCAAACCGGAAUUUAUUGGAAAAACGAUGCCCGAUUUGCGGCUAUAAGUUCAGCAACCCAAGAUGUGUAAUACAAGCCCAUGCAUCGCAGUGGACGGAAUAGUACAGUCAAGCUGAUAUUUAUAGUAAAAACGCCAUAGUUAUAAAGAACAAAGUAAAGAACACCACAUUACCCAUUACCCAAUUUUAUUUGAAUAAUAGACGCGAAACAUAAAAAUAAUACUUCAAAAUAUAACACAAGGAUUACAUCCAAACUUACUUUUUAAGAUGAAGGCGCUACUACAUACCUUUCAUAACUAAAAUCUGCUUUGUGCAAUACUAUAAAUAAUGAAUUUAUCAUUAAGUAAUGAUGGAAUAAUCAAAAUAAUUUAAAAUUUUAAGACUUGUUUCAAAAUUGAAUUACGGUACAAAUAUAAAAUUCCAAAACUAUUGUUAUCUUGCAUAAUAAAACGAUAGACUAUCUUAAAAAUAAUAUUGAUCAUCACUUAA